UUUCCCCAUUAAGUGGGGAGGAGUUAGCUGACACGACGGCGCUGUUAAUGGAGUCUGCGUUUUAUUCUGCCGCAGUUUGUCCGCCACGUGUUUAGACAGAAACAGAGUUUAUAGUUUUAUUUUCUACUCAGUCGCAUCAGACCGUGUAGAUAGUAAACAGCUCGCGAUGAACGGCGGGAACAUUUUAGAGACAUAGUAACGGGAACAUUUCCCCAAGCAGAAACUCCAAACAUCACUAUGACAGGCCGAACCGACACUCCACAGGACCGGUUCUGCUUGGUGGGAAUCUUUUUCUUCAUUCUAGGCCUGGGAACGCUGUUGCCAUGGAAUUUCUUCAUGACUGCCUCACUGUACUUCCAAAGCCGCCUGAACAACACGGAGACGGGGAACGAGACGGUGGUCAGGAAGGAGUAUCACUUCAACAACUGGAUGACCUUUCUGUCCCAGCUGCCCCUGCUGGUCUUCACCCUGCUCAACUCCUUCAUGUACCAGAGGAUAUCCGAGGCCAUUCGCAUCGCAGGCAGCCUCGUCUUCAUCCUGCUGCUCUUCAUCCUCACCGCAGUCCUGGUGAAAGUGGAGAUGCAUGAGGGUCUCUUCUUCUCCGUCACCAUGGCGACCAUCUGGUUCAUUAACUCGUUCGGCGCCGUGCUGCAGGGCAGCCUGUUCGGCCUGGUCGGCCUGCUGCCGCAGAAGUACAGCACCGUCUUCAUGAGCGGCCAGGGCCUCGCCGGGACCUUCGCCGCCAUCGCAAUGCUGCUCGCCAAAGCCAGCGAUGCAGACUCUGAGUCUGCAGCUUUGGGUUACUUCAUCACGCCAUGUGUGGGGACUCUGGUCACCCUGUUGAGCUACCUGCUGCUGCCGCGCCUGGAGUUUGCUCAGUUUUACCUGAACAGAAGCAGCAAGUAUGAAGAAGGCACAACGGACAAGCUGCUGACUGAUGGAACCCCUCUGGAGAACGGGAAGCUAAACGGCCACGCUAACGGUGCGGUGGCCAGCAUAGCCCUCGACAGCAGCGGUCAGGACGAGGCCAAGCUGGAAACCAGUCCAGACAGGAGCAGGCAGGCCGACAGCUCUGCAGAAAAAGCCUCGGUGUUGGAGGUGUUUAAAAAGAUUUGGGUGAUGGCAUUCUGCGUGACGUUUGUGUUCACCGUCACUCUGUCGGUAUUCCCCGCCGUCACUGUUGACGUCAAAACAGCAUUCCCACAUGGAAAAUGGGGACACAUCUUCAUCGAGGUGUGUUGCUUCCUGGUUUUCAACAUUCACGACUGGAUUGGCCGGACCGUGACCACAUGGAUACGCUGGCCUGGUAAAGAGUCGCGUGUGUUCCCGGCCCUGGUGGUCUCCAGGGUGAUCUUCAUCCCCCUGCUGAUGCUCUGUAACGUUCAGAAGCGCUACUACCUGCCCGUGGCCUUCUCUCACGACGCCAUCUUCACCGUCAUCAUGGCGCUCUUCUCCCUGUCCAGCGGUUACUUUGUGUGCCUCUCCAUGUCCUACGCGCCGCAACUGGUGGAGCCUAAAGAUGCAGAGACUGCAGGAGCCCUGAUGACCUUCUUCCUGGCCCUGGGUCUGUCCGUCGGGGCCGCCCUGUCCUUCCUCCUCAGGAGUCUGGUGUAGUUCCCAUAGAAACGGCACGGUAAAACUAUCACCACACUCCUGAAAGGAGUGGCUGUCAGUUUCCUGUUUAAAAACAAAUCCAUUAGUUUCAUAUUAAGUUCAGCUGGUAAGUGGAACAGAGAAACAUUUCAAGACGUUCGAUUGAGAACAAUCCGUAGAUCAUUCUGAAACCACGUCAGUUUUAUGGGUUUUCAUCGCUUGUAGUUGUUUGUUUUGAGACAAAUAUUUUUCUAUUUUUUUAUUUGUACAUUGUUGUUUUGUAACAGGAAGUAAAGCUGAACGAAACAAAAAACGAUUUCUAAGCAGUACAAGCUAAUUUGAUGGUAAAUCCUGCCAUCUGGUGGCUAAAAUGUUUAUUGUGAGGCAUGUUGCCAUAUUGACUAAUCAGUACCAGCAUUGUUUAUCUAUGAGUUUAUUUCCUCAUCAAAUUUUACUGGUGAGGUGCCAUUUUUUUGUGUUCCAACAUUCUUUCCCAGUCUGCUGGUUCCCAUGGCUCCAUGUGAUCAGAAGCUUUGCUUAUUUCCUGAGUAAAGACCAAGCAGCAGACGGUUCCUACGCAUUUAGUUUCAAACUUUAAAAAAAUAAAUAACAGUUUUUCCGUAUUCAAAUUCCCCAAUUUUAUUUAUUUAUUUAUUUAACAUUUAAGUCUGAAAUCUGAACUUUUUAACUGCUUAACUAACAUUUGGGUUUUAUCUAGAGAUUCCACAUCAUCUGAAAAAAAAAAGAAAAAAAGAAUUAUGGAAUCUAUUUUAGUUUUUUCUUAAAGUAUUGAAAAUAAAAUACUUUUUUAACCUUUGGAACGAGACGGUUUUCAGUCGGAGUAAAAAGAAUUGGUUUUAUUUUCCCAGUCCGUUAUAGAAACACCUGCUACCAGUUGUUUCAGUGGCAGAUGAACUCUGUGUGCUUUACAGUGUGUGCCGACUCAUGAUGUUUUAUUUCUCAUUUUGACACCGCUGGAGUGUUUUGUUUGUUUACCACUAAAAAUAAUUUUCAGUGUGUUUAUGUUCCUGUUUAUGUCAACAAUGUGGCAGCUGUUGCUUCAACACAUUUUCUUUACAAUGGGAUCAGAAGAAAAGCAAACAAAAAGCCUUGAAAGUGUCUGAUUUUUGUGAUUUAUGCUGAACUUCCAUUUACUGUAAAAUGGACCAACAACACAGUGAGGAGACGGCAGAACUUCACUGCAGUUAGAUGAAGACUAAUGCAUGACAUCCAGUUCCUUCAGAACCGAUGGAUUCUUAGAGACUUGAAUGUUCUGGAGGAGUUUAGGAUUCUGUUGCCUUAACGCACGACCUGGAGUAUGUUCCGGUUCCCACUUUGGAGAUGACAUGAGACUGUACAAGCAAAAUGUUUUCGUAUACCAUCUGUAUCCAUAGCAACAGAAGGCACCCUGAUGUUUUCAGUUCCAACCAAAUGACCAUGUAGUGAUCCAUUGUGCCGUUCACAGUAGAAACCAGUUUCAGCAAAGGGAAUAUUUUCAUUGUUCCUGUCAAUAAAUGAAUCCUGUAAUUCUGUGAUGUCUGCUGGUUUAUAAAGGAUUAGAGUGAAGUAAUAAAAAUUAAAAUCUUAAAGGAAAAUAUUUGCUCUACUUAAGUCGUGUUGAUUUUCAUCAAAAAACAGACUUUGGUGCACCAAAAUCUUUAGUAGUUUUAUUAAAAUUGGCUAAAUGCAUUGUUUACAAAGAGUGUGACCCAAAUCCUGCUCUUAUUGCUGAGAAAAUACUAAAUGUUCUCUAGAUUUUUCAAAUUUGGACCUCUAUGGAAGUACAUUCCUGCCAUGAAAGGAAAGUCAUAAUUUUGACAUCAAAAAUCAUAAUUAUGAGAUGGUCACACUGUUUCUCUACAGCAUCUUAUAGUUCUGACUUUAAAAUGUGAAAUUAGAACUUCUUGUUGGACAUUUAUUUUUUUCUUUUAUGGCAGAAAUGGCCUUCUAUACAAAACACUAAGUUUUUGAUUUAGGAUUCACACAUCCCUUUCCAACACAAGAUAUGACUUUAAAUAGUAUUUUAUUGAAAAUUUACCUAGACUAAUGCAGAGAAAAAUAACUAAAUAUUGCAUCUCUGCAAUAGCACAAAAAUGUAUUUUAUAAAAGAUAUUUUAUUAAUGCCUUUGAGUACUUUUGACAAGGUUUGAAUGAAGAAUGAAGUCCUCAGAUUAGAAAACGAAAAACCUAAUUUACAUUAAUUACACACCAAUCUGAAUGUAGAUUAUAUUGAUCCACAGAACUAAUGAAAACCCAAAAGUCGCUUCAUGUUAGAAUAUCAUGAGACUAAUAUUUAAUACAGAAAUGUUCCGGUCUACAUAGGUGACAGGAAAAACGGCAGACUUGAUGCUUGAGCGUAUUAAUGGAAGAUUGAGUGAAAGGAAAAAUGUUUUGAAGUGAUUGUGAGAUGACUGUGAGGCUUAUUGAGAUCUGUAAUCCCAUGUUGCCUAGGUUACCAAUCUGAAUGUGAAUUAAACUUUGGUAUAAAUUGGUCCGUUACAAUAAAUCAAUCACAAAUGAAAAUGAUCGACCUCAUUUUAAUUUAUCGGCUUUAUCGUUUCUUCCUUUUUCUGACAUUGAACGAAAAAAGGCUCACCUCCGGUUCUCUCCACUGACCCCUCUUCCUCGUUUCAUUAGCAUAAGGGAGGAGUGAACUAUUGGACCAGGUAGUUGAAUUUGCCCAUCUUUAUCUAAAUCCAAUGAUUACUGAAGGGAAAUAUAGUAUACAGUCUUUGUAAUCUGUUCUCUUUUGGUUGAAUGUAGUUUUUAUUUCCACUUUGGUUUUAUCUUUAGUUUUUAUUCCAGUGCAUUUUUUUUUUUUGUUUUUGGAUGUUUUGUUUACCUGUUAAUUGUUCUUUUGAAAGUAAAGUGCAUUUCUUUUUGUCAGGAUGUGCUUGCAUUAUUGUAAUUACCAGUACAUCAGUUUAAAAAGGUCUUCAAACAAUAUUAUCGUUUAAUUGCAAUAAUCUGAGAAUUAAUCGUUCAGGAAGAUUUAUCGUGACAGGCCUGGGUGUAAAGCCUUUUGUUUUGGGUGGUUUGUAGGGCUUAAAAUGUAGCAUUCACUGAUCACUGGUUUCAGAUAAAUAUAUUUGUCUUCAGGCUGUUCCACUCACAUGUCAGGAGGUUUCAGUUUUAAAUUACAGAUGACUUUAUUCUUUAAAUGAGCUGUAGAGAUAAAAGGAAGACACACAGAAUGGGAUUUAUUCCCUGUAUUAUUUAUUGAAAACCCAGCAGUCGUCAUUAAUACCUGUGGUGUCUGUACAGGCAGGGGAGAAAGAACAUGUGGUAAACUAAAAACUGCUGUCAUUCUGUUAAGA